AAAAGAUUCUCUUCUCGUUAAGUCAACCCUCUUUCAUAUAUAUUAAUACAGACGACGAGGGCUCAGAGAGAUGCAUCAGUCUGCAUCGCUUAGUACGUGAUGCAGCACUUCGAUCAGAUUUUGAACCACAGAAGGCAUUCGAGACUGCGGUUUGGCUUCUCAGAAAAUCUUUCCCACUACACAAAAUGUCGCGAGACCAUAUGGUAGAAGACUGGGCUGAAUGUGAAGUCUUUCAGCCACAUGUUCUUACCCUUCAUGACCGUUACCUAGAUUUUAGGAAACGCGGGGUUCUCGCUCCGUCGUUUGAGUCUAUUGAGCUGAUUUACUCAUGCGCCUGGUACCUUUGUGAGCGUGGCCGGUUCAGUAUCAGCAAGACCCUUAUUUCCACCGUCUUCGACGAUUACAAUAGCCUGAGGAAGAUACCGCAAGCUGUUCCUGUUGAAUUCCUAGCUGACCUCUAUACUGUUCAACUAUACUAUAGCAAUGAAACGGACAAGGGGCUCAAUCUUGUUGAGCUGGCUACACAGGCUAUGAAUAUCCGCGAAAAUGCGGUCGAACAGGGUCUUAUGGAUCAGUAUCACCCAAAUCGAGCAAACGGCCCAAUGAAUGUCGGCGUUGUCUUGGCCUUAGAAGACCCUGAAGCUGCAAUUCAUAUGCAUUCUAGAGCCCUGGAAAUAAGAAAGGGAUCUAGUAAGUACGAAGCUGAGCAAAUAUAUGGCUUUGCCCUGAAUUAUCUCAAUAUCGGAAGAUGUUGGUGGGUGGUUGGAAAGUUAGACAUGGCCGCAUCCUGUUUCAAGCAGUGUCUGAGUCUUUGUAAAAGACGCGAAGCCGAGGUCGGCAAGCGGUUUUCACUGACAGCCUGGGCACUAUCGGCUUUAGGGAUCAUUCGAGCAUAUGAAAAUAACUUUGUGGACGCAAUGAGGUUGAUGUCUGAGGGCUUAGAACUCCAUAUAUGUACCAUGGGUGAACGUCACAUAAAGACAUUGGCGUGUUACUACCGGCUUGGGUGGUUGUGCCAACGAGUUAGAGAAUACUCACGAGCAAGGCAGCUUCUUGGUAUUUGCCAUGAUGCAUACAGCGCCUUAUCGAGCAAACCCGAGUUAGCACGAACAAAAUUUCAGCUCUCGAAAGUUCUAAAAGAAAUGGGUGCCGCAGAAGAGCAGUGGAAACGAAUGGAUUUCGAGUCACGGGCGCUUUUGUCAGAAGUCUUGUUAGCAAGAGGGGCGACCCAUAUAAAAAAAGAGCUGUUCGAAGAGGCGGAUUUUAACAAUGAGAUCAAUUAUUAUUAUCGAUAAAUGCAAAGAACUUUUGCAUCUUAUCCAGCUGUUCUUAGCUUUACUCGCUCACAGUCACAAGUCCAGGCUCUGUUGUAUUUUAUUAUAGCUAUUGGUCCUAUUAUUCCAUUUCUCC